GGCUUCUCCUUUUCUCAUGAAAUCAUGUCUUAUCAGGCCCUCCCACUCACAGAUUAACUGCAGCCAAAACCAACAUUGGCAUUCAGUACGGCUUUCAUUCAGGUGCAUUCAAGAAACCGUCUACCAUCUGAGGGACUAACAGCACAUCAACUGUGUGGAAUAUGGAGACAGUACACCUCAGUCUUUUCAUGUUGCUGUGUUUGGGAGUCGACAGGUUGUCUUCUGAAGUGCUACAGCGACAAAAAAGAAACUGGAUCAUAGAUUCCUUUACUAUUGAUGAAGGCUAUGAUGGAGAAUUCCCAUAUAUUCUGGGCACAAUCCAAGUUGAGAAGGCUCUCACUUUUUUCCAAAUAUCCGGUGAUGGUGUUGAUAAGGACCCUAAAGGCAUAUUAGAAAUUGACCAUAAUAAAGGAGUGAUCACUGUCAAAGGCCCUGUUGACUAUGAGAAAUUCAAGGAGCUUAAGCUGGUGUUUUUGGCACUUGAUAAAUUCAGUAAGGUAAUAGACACACGGCUGGGCAUUGUUAUAGGAAUUCAGGAUGCAAAUGACAACCCUCCAAGGUUUGACCGUAAAACGUAUGAAAUCACCAUACAGGAGUCAAUAUCACAAGGCAGUGAAGUGAUUACUCUUAAAGCAACAGAUAUCGACAGCGGGAACAAUCAGCUAUUCGGUUUCCGAAUAGUCUCAGUCACUCCUUCACCAGUUGACCUGGAGUUCUACUUUCUUUCUUCUGAAGCUCAAAUCUCUCAAACUGGAACUGGGACCAUUUCAUUUAAAGGAUGUCUGGACCAUGAGAAAGCAGAGAAAUACACCAUUAUAGUCGAGGCUAAAGACCGUGGAGAAAAAAAACAGCUCUCCAGCUCCUGCACGAUCAUAGUCAACAUAGAGGAUGGAAAUAAUCACCCUCCUGUCAUCACAGGACAAACAGGCCCAGGAAAAGUGAAAGAAGGGCAGAGAAAUGUUCUUGUUUCACGUCUCCAAGUUACAGACGAAGACACCAAAGGUUCAGUGGCCUGGAGAGCGAAAUACGAAAUCCAUGGAGACACAGACAACAACUUCAGAAUCACUACUGAUCCUGAGACGAACGAGGGACUACUGUAUGUGCAGAAGGAUCUGGACUUUGAGGAAGGUUCUCAAAGGAAUGUGACUGUCAGUGUGAGGAAUGAAAUCUCCCUUUUUUCAUGCAAAGUGGUGAGUCGCAGCACCACUGGUCUCUGGAAAGUCACCCAUGUUGAGACUAAUAGUGGUGCUACCGGUGCAGGUGUGUCAGGGCAGGCGAAGGAUUCAUUCAUCCAAGUGACACUGUCUGUGGAGGAUGUCAAUGAGGCUCCGAUCUUUGACAAAACUCCCAAAACAGUUAGUCUGCCCGAGAAUGAGAAGCCGGGGCAGUAUCUGGAGACAUUUACAGCUAGAGACCCUGAUGUCGCCAAUGCAAACACAUUUGUAUAUGUAAAAGGUGAGGAUCCAGCUGAUUGUGUUACUGUGGACCCCAAGACCGGAAAGAUAACCACAACAAAGAGCAUAGACCGAGAGUCAGUCCAUGUGAACAACAGUAUCUAUACUGUCACAAUACUUGCUGUUGACAAUGGCAAACCUCCAAUGACAAGCACUGCAACCCUCAGGAUCCAUGUUCAAGAUAAGAAUGACAAUGUUCCAUUCCUGCCUAAUGGCAUGUUUGAUAUGUGCCAAUCUGAUGGAGUCUCUAAAGCCAACAUCACAGUAGUGGACCUGGAUGAAGAGCCCUACAGUGGACCUUUCCGCUUCAAGCUCCUCGGAGAUGUUGAGGGCAAGUGGAGCAUUGAACCUCUGCAAGGUUAUUCAUUCAACCUGGUGAAAAAGAACAAAGCUUAUUCCGGACACUACGACUUGUUGCUGGAAGUGUCUGACCUUCAGGGCAAGACUGCUGUCCACAACCUGUCAGUUACUGUGUGUAACUGCAUAGACACGGAGAAGCCAAACUGUCACCUCCGCAAAUCAUCUGCCCCCAGAGUAGGAACAGGAGCACUUUUCAUGAUCUUUGUCGGCAUACUAGUGCUUGCAGGUGCGCUACUUUUGGUUUUUCUGGUGUCCUGUAAACAAGAGCAGAAACUGAUGCCAGAAGGCGAUUCAGGACAACAUCUGAUGCUCUGUAACACUGAGAAACCAGGAACUGACUGCAACGUGGCAUUUGACUCAUCAAAUGAGCACAGUAAGAGAGAAUCACCAGUCAUUAUAACAUCAACUGCACCAGUGUUUACUGGCCAUGGCAGUUCAGGGUACCGUGCGUCCCAAACCGUAAAGCAAAGAGUCCAUUUGCAGCAGUUAAUAAGUGGCUCAGUAAGUGAAGCAUCUCAAGCUCAUUUAAACUAUUCCCAGUUCAGAAGAACAGGCUCAACAGAACAAACUUUUUCGCGCAGGGAUCUUUCACGUUGGUCAACAGGUGGAUUAUCAACCAUGAGAAGGGGCCAUCUAGAGAGAAACUCUAUGCGUGAGAUAAGGGGUGCAUCAUCUACCAUGGGAAAUAAACAAAUACAGAUGCACUCAAUGCGUGGGAGUUCAGCAGGACACGGUAAAUACUCACAUCAAAAUACUGUGAUCCAACAUAAAAUUCUGCUUCAAGAACUAAAUAAGAUGCUGUGCACUCUCCAGGCACCAGGAGAGGAGCUGGGUGAUUAUUCUCCUCAUGUGUAUGCUGAGGAGGGAGAGACAGAGAACAACUUUGAGCUUGAUGCCAUCUCUAUCUCUGACAUUUCCUUUGAUCCAGACAGAGACCUGGACCUGGAUUUCAAGUUCAGUACCCUGGCCUCAGUCUGCAUGCCACGUGAAAGCACUGCUUAUAGUACAAAUACCUCCUGUGUAAUAGAGAAACUGCACAGCGGUACAGCAACUCUGAUCCAAGUAGAAAGACAUACAACUAAAAUGAAUGAUCCAUUAUAGGUAAUUACGUUUUUGAUCAAGGUAUCAAUCCUAAAUGUUACCUGAGGCUUUCAGCAUUCUCUGUCAGGUGACUCACAACAAGUUAUGCUACCUUCAGCUACACCUUCCUUUAUCUUACUGAAUGGCUGCCUCUGAGAAAAUAUGAAAAUUAGAACCUACCACAGUUACCACAGUUAUUUAUACUUUAACUGAGUCAUGUCAUAAAAACCUUACCCUACACAGUCUCUACCUUUUGACUAAUGUAAAUCUGACAGAAACUGGUACAUUUAUUUUGGGACUAUUUUUGUUGUUUACUAUAGCCUUAAAAUGGUUUUAACCCCUGGAAUUCUUUUUUCUCCUGCAAUAUUUAAUGUAUACUUAAUAUAGACUAAAUGUAUUUCAUUCAUGACUUUCUGAUUGGGGACUAUAUUCUCUGGCGCUCACAAAGGGUUAAGAAAGCUUGCACUGACAAAAUUGAAUAUGAAUGUUAAUCGAAACUGCACUGAUUUUACGUCACAACAAGCACAAAGAGUGAGAGAAAGACACCUCUGUGGGAAAAUGUCAGUCUACCAUUUAUCCUCAGAUAAAUGUUUGUGCAGCCUUUGAAUCCUGACUAAUCCGUAUAUCAGUUUAAUUCUUUGGUAAGUCCUCGGUGGUCAAAUGAUUCAUUUGACUACUGAACUGAAAUAGUUUUGAAUGACAUUAAAAACAAACAACAUUUGUUUGAAACAGGACCUGGCAAGCAGCGUUCAGUCUGACUCCUACAGAGACCUUUGUUAACAACUGAAGCAUUUCACCCCGCAUGACCUUCUGUCCACAAAUGUUACUCCACCUGUUUUCAAGUUCUCAGAUAAAAAGUCAUUCUUACAGGUCAAUGAAAUUUAAGACAACUUCCUAGUGCGCAAUGCUCUCCCUCUUUCAUGGAACAAGAGAUGUUGAAUGUGACCUGGAACACGCAUGCAAAUUCUCUAAACUUAUACCCACACUCUUAAGCCAUGAAAAAAGCCUUUUCCUACACAGCAGCACUCAAACAUUUGCAAGAUAAAAAACAAGCCACAUACUGCCAUAGUUAUGUAGACGAGUGUCUGGGAACAUGUUAUGGUUAGAUAGGAUAUCAUAACACAGCAUUUACAAUGAUGACCAGGUAUUACGGGGACAGUUGGGAAAAUUUAAACCUUAUAGCAGAGAAGUAUUACUUUUUUAGUCAUGUUAUGUUGCAUAUCAGACAUUAGUUUCUUUCAAUACAGGUUACACUGAAUAUUCAUACAAUAAUGAUUUAUAGUAACGACUGGGAAAUGGGAGUCUCACUUUCUUUUGGGAUAUCUUUUGAAUCAUUUAAGGAUAUGUUGUUGUUUUUUUCAUGACUUGUUUUAGCAUUUGCUAUAUAUUGUUAUCAUGUACUUGUUCUGAGUCCAUUAGAAACUGUGACUCUUUUCAUAAUUAUGGGUUAAAAGUUUAACUGUUCCAUUUACUGUGUGAAUGUCAAACACAAGUAUAUCAUACAGUAAACACUUCCAGAGAAGUUUGAUAAUCGCUGAUGCACUACGGUAAUUCCAGUCUGCCAGUACCAGCUUGUCAAGCCAGUUUCAUGUUUUGUUUUCUUACUGAAAUAUUUGUCAGUUUUAUGGGCAUCUGUGUGUUUGUGUGUGUAGUUGUUGAGAGUUUAUGUGGUUACAUAAAACAGUCUAUAAGGGUCA